CCGACCGAACCGCCGUCGGCUCAGCCUUUUUCGAGCGUUUUGCUGUGUUUAUUUUCUUUCCGAGUGCCGGUCGAGCGCGAUCCGAGCCCAUCGCAUGUGCACUUUACUUUACGUCGUUGCGGGCACGAAACGCGAACUUUUAGUGUUUCCUUCCAUUCGACUAAUAAUAAAUAUCAUUCGAGGCUUUUUCCACCGGAAGAUUUUCCUGGUUUAGAUUUUUUUCUAGUAUAUACCAAUAAGAUUUGAAAAUGUUGAGGAAUGUAAUAUUAACGACAGCCGUGAUAGUAAUCGUUUGCACAACGCUAUCACUCGGCAAGCAACAAACGUCGACGAAGAACCACGAGUUGCUAACGAAAUUAGGUCUACAAAAAAUCAGAGGACCGAACAGCCAUCACAAGAAGCGAUUAGCGGUGGAAUCGAGACAUCACAGUCGAUCAGACGAUUCACACAUGUUCAUUGUGAAAUUGCCGCCGCAUCCGCACUACUACGUUCACAACGCCCAGAAUUCCUUGGAUAUACACAGCAAGAGCAGGAAUCUACCUGUGGGAUUCAAGAACAACGGCAGACCGGCGAAAAUCUACCACUGGAACUUGCCGUUAAUGCAACAACUAACCGCAGGGAGAAAUGUGUACUCGGACAAAUAUCCAGUGGUGGACUUUAGGCAGUCGCAGAGUUGGAACGACAUUAUCGACAAACCGCCGAAGGAGAAGAAACCCAAGAAGCCCUCCUAUUACGUGCCGAGCAAACCGAAAAAGUCGAAAUUUACGAAAUAUUUCCCCGGUAACGGCAAACCGCACUCGUUUUACGUAAUCGAAAACAGCAAGAAAGGGCAUUACCACAAAUUACUACCAUAGAAGCGAUUUUGUAAAGACUGUGCAAUAUUUUAUGUAUCAACUUUAGACUGACCCUUUUAAGCUUAUUUCUAAUUUUAUAUUAUCUAUUGUGACGAACUGAACGUUUUUACAAUAAAAUAGCCAACAUUCU